GCUCGCCAAUGAAAUGAAACGCACUUAAAUUGGCAUUUCACGAAAUUCUCCCCUCUAAUCAGACGCAAAAUUAGGUGUCGAUCACUGAUUAGGCGAAAAUAGCUGAUGAAUCGGUUACAAAAGGUCCGCGAAACGUACAGGCUCUGUUCAAUGAGAUUCAUAUGACGAUGCAAAUUGCUCGGUCGCCGACUACCAAAGGCCACAGUCGGAGAAGUCGGAGGUUCAGAGGGAUUUGGGAAAUACUCAUUCCCUUUGUGUAUUGUGUGUGUGUUUUGGGGGUGAACUCAGAAUAGGGAGCUGAAUGUGAGGCGAAUUUGUGAAAGUUCUUAAGUUUUCAAGUCUGGGUAUGGAAGAGGUAUCAGAAAGGUCAGAGCUGCGCAGAAUGCAACGGGAGCAGGAAAGAGAAAGGCGCCGGAUGCGGGACAGGCAAAGAAGACAGUCAAUGACGGUUGAGCAGAGGGAGAAACAUCUUGCCAGGCGUCGUAGAAACUAUCAAUUGAGAAGACUAAGAGCUGAAAGUGCAAGGUCAGGUUCUCAAACUGGACAAGUGGGCAUGGUGAGUAGAGGUGAAACGAUCACCAGCGAUGAACAUCAAGCAGUAACUUCUUUUUCAGGACUGAGUGUCAAGUGCAAUGGUGUCACUCAUGUUGAAACUAAUAAAGGUGAAGAAAACCUAACUGUUGACUGCAAAGAGUCCGAGGGUUUGGAAGCUCUAGCCCACAAAGGAACUAAUUUUCCAAGAAGGCUGCGGCUAAGUCAUAUAAGACAUCUUGCAAGAUCAUUGAAUAAUUCUACGGGUGAGCUUGGUGGCAACCACCAAAUGGUAGAGGCAGUCAUAACCAAACGGGAUGUUGCUAGUAACUGUUUGCAAGUUGGACAUUCUGAUUCUGGUAUAUCGCCACAAAGUUUACGUUUGAAUCGUGUCAAGCGUCUUGCUCGCACAUUCAACAAUUCUGCAAAUUCUGCUACAAGAGAGGCUAGUGAUCAAGACCACAGAAGUACCACAGAAGGACAAUCGUCUGUCAUUGGCUAUCAAAGAGAGGGAACCUUUUACUUGGUCCUGUGCACAAAUGAUGUUUUCUUAGCUUUUCUUAACAGGUUCUUGAUUGUAGAAAUUGUUGCAGGACAGAGAAAACAAAAAAGAAUUAUCCGUGGGCAUAGAUUAAUUGUUGGACAAGUCUGCAUGAUGUUACAAUUACAUUGACUGUAGGAAAAACCAGAGACUGAAAGCUUUGAUACUGCCACCCUGCAGCUGGGUGAAUUCUUUCGGUCUUUUAACAAAUCUUAGGACUUUUGGGUGCAUUGAUUUACUCAGAUUUACUGAUAUGCCAAUGUGUAAUUGGUUUUCUGGGUUGAUUCGUGCUCUUUGAUAUGCUGUAAAUGGCUUACUCUCAUCAGCUGUCAGCUGUAUGUGUUGCCAGGCCUUGAACCAUAUCUUAUCAGUGCGCGCGCCACACACGCGCUUCUCCUCUUUCUUCCUACCUCCUUUCAAUUUCGCAAUUAUCUGAAUUGUAUUGUACGAUCAUGUUUUCCAUAUAUUUCUGGGUCAUUUAUUUCCACAUUUAACCUAUGGCUCAAAGUGAAGCAAGCAUUGACCAUGUCGGUGUAUGUACAUGAUAUUUGAAUUAAAACAGCUUUUACCAA